AUGCUAAAAAAAAAGAAGUCCGAGUGUGAUUUUUAUCCGGGCGGUAUUAUCAAAAGAUGUGAAGACAGGAGAGGAGAGGGGGGAAAGGAGUUGAAAAGACGCAAAUACGAUGAAGAGAGUCAAGGAUGCAGUGAAAGGGUUGUCCGACGAUCAAGAACUGGCAACAAUGCUGGUGACCAGGUUGACGAGGACGGAAAGGAAUUCGACUUCUGGGACGGGUUUUUAGCAAUGCAGUUGAGGAUUCAUGGCAUUCGGCCCGAGGACAUUGAAGCAGAGGAAGAACGACGCAGAAGAGAAACGGAGGAGUUGAAUGCACAGAGAAUUGCUAGAUGGCGGAAGGCUGUUGAUGAGAGCCGUAUAUAG